CAACGCCAAAGAACACCUAUACCCUCUUUGUGCUUGGCUUUGCCAUGGCGCACAAGCUGCUGAAAGGGGUGCGCUCAGCCAAAAAGUCCAGCUUGAAGAAACAGUUUAAACAGGACAAAGAAAAGAAAAGACAAAAGGCAGCCCAAAAGGCCAAGCGAGAAGAAGAGAGGGAUGAAAAUCCCUUGGCCGGACUGAAAAAGUGGCAGAAGAAGGCCAUACGCCAGGAAGCCGCGGCGCAAGCGGCCGCGGCGGCCCAAGCGGCCGCCGGCCUGGCGAAGGCCAAAGUCACGACGAAGAGGGCAAGGGCGAAGGUGGAGAGCGCAGCUGAAGCUCCAAGUCCAGGGCAAAGCUCCCAACGGUCGCAAAAAGAGAAGAAGCUGGCCAAGAAGGAGGCGCGACAGCAAGCGCAUCAGCAGCGGCAGCACCGCGAGCUUUACGCCGGUUCGGGCCGCGUGCUGUUGGUGGGCGAAGGCAACUUUAGCUUUGCGCGUGCCCUAUGUGAAGUGCGCGGUUCAGGAGACGGAAUCUAUGCCAGUGCCUUUGAUGGUGAAGCGACCUUGAAGCGGAGUCUUGGAAGUGUUCGCAGAAAGAACGCAGCCUACGGUACUGGGCUCCAGAACGGAGGGAAAUACCCGGAUGCCGUAGAGCUGCAGAAGCAGGUCGAGGAGAAGGGUGGCACCACGCUGCUCAAUGUGGAUGCCACGAAGCUUCACAAAGUGAGAGAAUUCCGCGAUGCGUUCAGCAUCAUCCUGUGGAACUUCCCUCAUUUGGGUGCUGGCGAGAAGGACGUGGAGAAGAACAAUGAUCUCCAUCGAAAGCUGUUGAGCGCCUUCUUCAUGUCCGCGCUGCGUUGUUUGGAUGAGCAGGGCACGGUGCAUGUGGCCAUGAAGGAAGGUGAGCCGUACAAGAGCUGGAAGAUUGUGCAGCUGGCCAAGGUGUCCACGGAUGGAGUGCUCCAGCUGCAGAAGGUGGUGCCCUUCUCCUUGAGCGCGUGGCCAGGCUACGAGCACCGGCGCACACGAGGCUUCAACGAGCGAUUCUCCAAGAAGGACAACGAAGAGCUGGCCAAAGGUGCCAAGGUCUAUGUCUUCGCGCGAAGUCAAGGCAACGCCGAGGCUGAACAAGACGCGGAAGAUGAAUAGAAGUCGAAGGAUUCCUGGAGCCCCGCGAAGCGCGGCGAAGCAGUACUCCAAGCAGGAUUCCGGGAG